AUGUCUGAAGCCAAGACCCUGAGCUCUUCUUGCCUUGUGCUUUCCUUGCUCUCCUUGCACUGGGCUUCGCUCCAGCUGGGCCAGGCUUUUCCCAGCACCUCUGACUACCUCCAGCGCGGCUGGCAGCGGCUGCUGGAGGAAGGGGAGGGCUGCGCCGAGUGCCGGCCGGAGGAGUGCCCAGCGCCGCGCGGGUGCCUGGCUGGCACGGUGCGGGAUGCCUGCGACUGCUGCUGGGAGUGUGCCAACCUGGAGGGACAGAUCUGUGACCUGGACAACACCAACCACUUCUACGGCAAGUGCGGGGAGCACCUGGAGUGCCGGCUGGAUGCCGGGGACCUGCGGCACGGAGAGGUGCCCGAGCCCCAGUGCGCCUGCCUCUCCCACCUGGCCCUCUGCGGCUCCGAUGGCAAAACCUACGCCCAAAUCUGCAGGUUCCUGGAGGUUGCCCGUGCCCACCCUGACACCAACCUCACUGUGGCCCAUGAGGGUCCCUGCGAGUCAGAGCCCCAGAUCACCUCUCCUCCCUACGACACAUGGAACGUCACCGGGCAGGACGUCAUCUUUGGCUGCGAGGUCUUCGCCUACCCCAUGGCAUCCAUUGAGUGGAGGAAGGACGGCACGGAGAUGCUGCUGCCUGGAGAUGACCCCCACAUCUCUGUCCAGUUCAGAGGCGGCCCUCAGAAAUAUGAAGUGACGGGCUGGCUCCAGAUCCAGGGCGUGCGGGUGACAGAUGAAGGCACAUACCGCUGCUUCGCCAGGAACAGGGUUGGGGAGGUGGCAGCGUUAGCCAGCCUGACCGUCUUCACGCCGGACCAGCUCAACCUGACGGGCUUUUCCCUGCCGAAGCCCCGCAUGACGCCCGAGGACUACGGGGAGAGUGAGGAGGACUAUUACUAG